AGUCCAGACCACAGCUCUGCCUCUGACUCCCGGUCACACACACACUUACCCACUCAUACACACAUACACACACACGCGAGGGCAGGUGAGUGUGACCAGCAGCGCCGACAGAUCCCGCAGCGUCUGGAUCUGUUUUUAUUCUGACUCGGUUUUUAUACUCAAACAUCGCCAUCAUGAUGUGGACGGCGUGUCAAGCCUUACGGAGACUCUCCACCUCCUCCCAUUACUACCAGAAUAAGCUGAAACUAGCUAUAAUUGGCCAGAGCCUGUUUGGACAGGAGGUGUACAGCAACCUGAGGAAACAGGGUCACAAAGUGGUGGGUGUGUUCACUGUCCCUGACAAGGACGGCAAGGCUGACCCCCUAGCGGUGGCAGCGGAGAAAGACGGGACACCAGUGUUUAAGUUUCCACGGUGGCGGGUCAAGGGGAAACCGAUCCCAGAGGUGGUGGAGGCCUACAAGGCAGUGGGCGCUGAGCUCAAUGUCAUGCCCUUUUGCUCCCAGUUUAUCCCCAUGAACAUCAUCGACAACCCCAAGCACGGCUCCAUUAUCUACCACCCAUCUAUCCUGCCCCUGCACAGAGGAGCCUCGGCCAUCAACUGGACCCUGAUCCACGGCGAUAAGAAAGCUGGCUUCACAGUGUUCUGGGCCGACGAUGGCCUGGACACUGGACCGAUUCUGCUGCAGAGGGAGUGCGCUGUCGAGCCCAACGACACCGUGGACGCACUCUACAACCGGUUCCUCUUCCCAGAGGGCAUCAAGGCCAUGGUGGAGUCAGUGCAGCUCAUCGCUGACGGAAAAGCUCCUCGAAUUCCCCAGACAGAGGAAGGAGCCAGCUACGAAGGCAUCCAGAAGAAGUCCAAUGCCAAGGUAAACCUGGCACAGCCAGCUGAGGCCAUCCACAACUGGAUCCGCGGCCAUGACAAAGUCCCCGGAGCCUGGACUGUCAUUGAUGGUCAGUCUGUGACCCUGUAUGGCUCAUCCAUGUUAGGGGGGGCGGUACCAGCAGGUCAGCCCCUGGAGAUCGAUGGGGUGUCCCAACCUGGCCUGGUCACCAAGAAUGGGCUUGUCCUGCAUGGGACUGAUGGGAAAACUCUGCUGGUGAAGAACCUACAGUUUGAAGAUGGGAAGAUGAUCCCUGCUUCCAAAUACUUCUCCUCUGGAGAAAGCGCCAGCGUGGAGCUGACGGACGAUGAGAAGAAGAUGGCGGAGGAGAUCAGGAACAUCUGGAAGGGCAUCCUCAGCAACGUCUCAGCCAUUGAGGACACAACAGACUUCUUCAAGUCCGGAGCUGCCUCCAUGGACGUGGUCAGGCUGGUGGAGGAGGUGAAGCAGAAAUGUGCUGGUGUGCAGCUGCAGAACGAGGAUGUGUACAUGUCUGCCAGCUUCCAGGAUUUCAUCCAGAUGUUCGUCCGAAAGCUGAGAGGAGAGGACCAGGAGGAGGAGCUGGUCAUCGACUAUGCAACCAAAGAAGUGAACAACAUGACGUUGAAAAUGCCGUACCAGUGCUUCAUCAACGGCAAGUUUGAGGACGCAGAAAGUGGGAAGAGCUACGACACCAUCAAUCCUACUGACGGAUCUGUGAUCUGUAAGGUGUCCUAUGCCUCAGUGGGGGACGUGGACCGGGCGGUGGCAGCUGCCAAAGAAGCUUAUGAUAACGGCCCCUGGGGCAGGAUGAACCCAAGAGACAGAGGAAGUCUGCUUUACAAGCUUGCAGACCUGAUGGAGGAACACCAGGAAGAGCUGGCCACCAUCGAGUCCAUCGACUCAGGGGCUGUGUACACGCUGGCCCUCAAGACCCAUGUAGGAAUGUCCAUCCAGACCUUCCGCUACUUCGCUGGCUGGUGUGACAAGAUCCAGGGCAAGACAAUCCCCAUCAACCAGGCCAGGCCCAACCGCAACCUGACCUUCACUAAGAAAGAACCUCUGGGUGUGUGUGCCAUUGUCAUCCCGUGGAACUACCCUCUCAUGAUGUUGGCAUGGAAGAGUGCUGCCUGCCUCGCAGCUGGAAACACACUCGUGCUUAAACCUGCGCAGGUCACUCCACUGACGGCACUGAAGUUUGCUGAGCUGUCAGUGAAAGCUGGCAUUCCCAAAGGAGUCAUCAACAUUUUGCCAGGCUCAGGUGGUAUGGUGGGACAGCGUCUGUCCGACCACCCAGACAUCCGCAAGCUGGGCUUCACCGGCUCCACACCAAUUGGCAAACAGAUCAUGAAGAGCUGCGCGCUCAGUAACCUGAAGAAGGUUUCUCUGGAGCUGGGAGGGAAGUCACCGCUCAUCAUUUUCAGCGACUGUGACAUGGACAAGGCUGUUCGCAUGGGCAUGAGCUCUGUGUAUUUCAACAAAGGUGAGAACUGCAUCGCUGCUGGGCGUCUGUUUGUGGAGGAGUCCAUACAUGAUGAGUUCAUUGGCCGAGUGGUGGAGGAGAUCAAGAAGAUGAAGAUCGGAGACCCUCUUGACCGCUCCACAGACCACGGGCCUCAGAAUCACAAAGCCCACCUGGACAAGCUGCUGGAGUACUGUGACGUGGGGGUGAAGGAGGGGGCCACGCUGGUGUACGGGGGCAGACAGGUGGACAGGCCAGGUUACUUCAUGGAGCCCACUGUGUUCACUGACGUGGAGGACCACAUGUUCAUCGCCAAAGAGGAGUCCUUUGGCCCCGUCAUGGUGGUGUCCAAAUUCAAAAACGGCGACGUGGACGGCGUGCUGCAGAGAGCCAACGACACCGAGUAUGGCCUGGCCUCCGGCGUGUUCACCCACGACAUCAACAAGGCCAUGUACGUGAGCGAGCGACUGGAGGCGGGAACAGUAUUCGUCAACACUUACAACAAGACCGACGUGGCUUCACCUUUCGGAGGCUUCAAGCAGUCAGGCUUCGGCAAAGACCUCGGAGAGGAUGCUCUCUUGGAAUACCUCAAGACCAAAGCAGUGACUGUGGAGUACUGAGACCCAGACGCUCCCAAUGAACUCUGACUCACAUCUGAGCAGAAAGGGACUCAUCGGUGUGCUUCGCUCAGACAUCCGGCUUCUCUCAGCGUUGCUUCUGGACAGUGUGUGUGAAUGUGUGUGUGUGUGUGUGUGUGUGUACUGUAUGAAUGAUAGGAGAUAUGUGGGCCACAGUUUGGACAAUGUGCCUGUGUUUUCUUGGCUGUCUGCGUGAAAUUCACAUCAUGGACAAGGGACGUGUGGUUUUUACCCGCCUGGAUAUUUACCUUAGCUGGACACUGCUUCACCUGACGGGAGCCGAGCUGCUCCUGACUCUGCUGUCAAGGUUUUGGGUUCCGUAAAAGUGUGUUUUGUGUCAAAACACACUCUCAAAACUCCACCAAUCAUAAAAGAAUUCUUUACCAUAAGUGAAAAUCAGAUGAAGUCAAUCCUCUCUGUCACCUGUGAUGCUUCACCAUUCCUUUAAUAUCUCUGUGGUUCCUCUUCAGGCUGUUGUGUUCUGUAGCAGAAAACAGGCAGUUAUUAGUUCACACACUGAUGAGUACAUGAUUGCAUCAAUGUGAAGGGUGUGUGUGGAAGCUUUUAGGUUAAGUGUUGGAGCGUUAAGUGACCACACAGGACAUCUACUACAACUACAUUGGACAGAAUUGAUCAUCCAUGAUGGGAAAACAAGGUUCAGGUUACAACUGAAUCCAUAACAAAGUAAUUUAGCUCAAGGUCAACUUACUGGCUUUUUUUCUAAGCUUUCAACCUGGUCAUUGCUAGAUGUUUUCAAGUGUUUAUGAAAAAGCCAGGAAGUAGAUCUUGAAUCAAGAGUAACUUACCACCAGGUUGAAAAGCAGUGUUUUAAUGCACCUGUAAGCAGUGAUGUAGGCAGUGAUGUCACUGUGUACUGACACACCUGCGAGAACACCUCAGCAUUACUGUAGCGAGGGUAGAAGUUAAAACACCGGAGGUCAGCAAUCAAUGCAUCUGUACAGUUGUAAAGCACUAACAGUAUUUAUUGGUCACUACAUGAAGCUACGUGGAGCCUUUAGUAUUUUAUCUCCAUCAUCACACACUGGUUGUUUACAUCAUGUCUCCUCCCACAUCCUCACUUUAGACCUUCUCUCUCUUCCAUUCGUCAAAUUUGACUUUUUUGUAAAUUUUUUUAACUAAAGGGGAAAAAAUAUCUGAUCUGAUAUAUUUUUUCACAUUGUAUUUGUCAUGCAGAGGAAGACUAUAUGUUAUAACACUACAUUAUUUUCUCUGAAGACCAGCUAGAUGUUUCUAUGCAUCACUAAUGUGAAGAAGUUGUGAAAUUAGUUUUCUAUUUGUCCCACAUUGUCAGUGAAGGCAGCAAGGGCUACAAGAGCAAGUGUUUUCUUUCUCAUGAAAAGGUGAGAGCUGUCCCCUCAAUAAAGUCUGUCUUCAGCCAGUGAUGCC